AUGGAUGCAUGUGAAUCAGAGCAAACAUUACAGAAACGAUCAACAGAAAAGACUACAAGACCACCAUUGGUUUCUGCUGACAACAAAAAUGAAACCGCUCAUCGGUCCCGAACCAGAGAAGUUAGUUCUAGGUAUAGGUCACCAACUCCAUCGGCAGAUGCCAAUCCAAAAUGCUGUCAUUCGCCAACUGUUAAGGUAUCAUCAGCCUUAACUUUACGAGCACCAAAGAGGGCUAUAUCAGCCGGAAGGAAGCGCCCCUCGAGACCAUCAUCCCCACCUAGCCCGUCUCCAUCAACACCAGUCCAGGAGACAACAGCAGAAAUGCUAUUGGCAUCCAGGAAAAUAGUAGGCAAUAGAUUACCCGAGUCUUUAUGGCCAUCUACAAUGCUCAAUCACGGUGUUUCUUUUCAGUCUGUUACCUUUCCUCUUCCUGAUAAUAAGAUGGAAAAACCAGUGUCUCGUGCAAUUUCGGAUUGCAAUUUGAAGCCGUCAUCAAAUAUGGCCCAUAGACAGGGUGAAACUCCUCCUGCUUCUAGGAAGCCCACAUCAGAAAGGAAGAGUCCACAUAAAGGAAAGAACUCUGCUAACCAGUCCGAGAAUUCUAGACUGGUUGAUAGUUUCCAUACUCGAUUAUUAGAGCAACAUCGGUACCCAAGCAGGACUGGAGGAAAAGUAUCCUCCAACAUUUUGAACAGAAGUGUCGAUAUUACUGAUAAAAAUAGCAAAAUGUCAUCUUUAUCCCAUUCAGGAAUAACCACACAUCCCCUAAGGAGAUUAUCUUUUGAUGGGGCAACUAGACCUUUGCAAAAAUGGUCCAGUGACUUCUUAACCUUAGUAUCUAGUGAUGAAUGUGAAAGCUCGAGUUCUAAUUGUAGUUCAACUGAUGAAAGUUCAAUGCUGAUUCAAAAGACUAGCUUUUCAAGUUCAUUCGAUAGAACACCUUUUGUGAAUCCUGCUGUUAGAUCUCAGUCCUUGCCUCGUGGCUCACGUCCUGCUUCACCUUCUGCAACUAAAGGGAUCAAUCCAUCUCGAGCAAAGACUGUAGGUUCCUCUUCAUCUAGAGGUCCAAGUCCUGCUCGGGUAAGAACAUCGAGCCCAUCCAGACAACCUCAGAGUUCAACUUCUGUUCUCAGUUUUCUCGCGGAUAUUAAGAAAGGAAAGAAGGCUGCAAAUCACAUAGAAGAUGUUCAUAAAUUGAGGCUGUUAUAUAAUCGACAGCUUCAAUGGCAGUAUUUAAAUGCCUGUGCGGAUGCUACAUUGCAUAUUCAGAAAGUAAAAACAGAGGUUUGA